GUAUUUCAUUCAGUCGCUGCCAGACCGCGAUCGGGGACACGUCGUUGGUUCGCGCUCUGUCACUGUAAAACUUAAAAACAUAACCUCAUCAUGGACUUGUAAAUUAAAAGCCUUCGCCUGUGUUUACCGAGUGAUAAAUUGAACUAUUGUGAUCAAAAUGUUUGGCGAAAACAGUGAAAACUGCGAAAAUGAUUGUCAAUGCUCCGGGUUGAUCACUGAGAAAUUCAGAAUAAAUUCAGGCAACAAUGCAACAAAAAGGAAGCAGGAGGAUGCACUCUCAAAUAACUUUAGGGUUAAAAUGAUCCCCAAAACUGUGGACUUCAGCAGAUUCUCACCAAACGAUUCACCCGAUCAACCCAAAAGGAAAAUUCUAGGUGAAAUUCAAAAUUCUCCUAGAUUAUUACAAUCACCAAUAAUAGCAAGAUUAAAACAGUCGCCUCUAGCCCUUCCUUUAAACUCACCAAAGACACCGAAAACCUUCAAACACAGCACCCAAAGGAAUACAAGGAUAACUAGAGUUUUUGAAGAAAGAACAAGAUUCAAGAUGUCUGCGACGAGCAGUGACCACAUGAGCAAGACAAUGGUGAAAUUAGACUUUGAGGAGGAGACAAGAGACUGUUCCUUUGCUGGAAACUUUCAUAGAUCUGAGUUUUCUAUGUUCUCUAUGCCAAAGUUGGACUUCACAAAUGCCAUUCCAAAACCGUUUCAAGAUGAGGAGAACAAGGAAAAUUAUGUGCCCGAGAAGAAAAUUGAGCAGGAGCCGGAGUUUGAAACGUUGCAUGAUCUUGAGGAUGAAUUUGAUUCACACAACUUUGACGAAUGCACCAAAUAUGAAAUUAUCUCUACAGACAGUCCGAACAUUAUUUCAACCGGGCGAGCGACGACGAGGAAGAUCAACGCUAAAAACUUCGAGUUUGGAGCCCCGUUAGCAGACACAGAGGCCUCGACAUCAUUUAACAAGCCAAACAGCGCAACUAGAAUGUUAAAUUUUGAUGAAGACUAUUUCGAGUUCACAUCACCUGCAUCAAAACGGGUAACCAGUAAUAUGUCAGUGAAGAAAUCACUCAAAUUCACAGAAACACCACCCAAAAACCCUCUGAGGCACGAGAAGAGUGAUUCGAGUAUUGGUUCAAUGAUUUCCCCCUGCUCGAGUCGGAGGUUUCCAUCCGAGUCUACAACAUCUAUGGAAAGUGGUUUCGUAUCUGAAUUCGAGGAACCAUUUUUGGAAAUAGAAGACGUUAGCAAUUCUCCAAAAUUACCUGACUUCAAUGAUCUACUGUCGGGACAGAUCAAAGAAAACUUUGCUGAGAGGAGUCUCAAAGUAAAGAAACCGUUUCAAAGGAGUUUAAGUUUCAACCCGGAGGCGUCAAAAUCUAGGGCCUCUUUGUUCUCAAUAAAAGAGAGUCCGUUGAAAAGGUCAAAUAAGAGGAGUGAGGACCAGCUAAAUAGCGGGGACAGUAAAAGAAGAAAAGCCAAUUGCAGUCCACAAAUGAAGAGGCCGGUGCUGCACAGAGCGUUUUCUGAAAACAACGCCUCCAUCAUGUCUGCUAUGUCUAGAUCUGAUUUAAAUCCGGACUUGAUUGGUGACUUCACGCAACCAUUCGCCCUACCGCUGACUAUGGGCGAUCAUGCAGACCUCAAGUCCAUAUCCUGUGAUACAUUGGCCAGUUUGUUGAGGGGGGAAUUUGAAGAUAGCAUAAGUGAUUUUCAGGUGAUAGACUGCCGUUACCCGUACGAAUACGAGGGCGGUCACAUAGCGGGCGCGGUGAAUAUGUAUACGACGUCGCAGAUACUCAGUCUCGUCAACCAGCCGGGCCGGCCGCGCGUGGGCGACGGCCGCCGCAGUAUACUCGUCUUCCACUGCGAAUUCUCACUCGAGAGAGGUCCCAAUAUGUCUCGAUUCCUCCGGUCGUCUGACAGAGCAAAGAACCAGGAGGUGUACCCCAACCUCGACUACCCUGAAGUCUACCUCCUCCACGAGGGCUACCGCGCCUUCUUCAAGCGCUACCCGGAAAUGUGCUCGCCUAACGGAUACACCGCCAUGUUGGAUCCGGAGCAUAGACACCAGCUCAGGCGCCACAGAUCCGUGCAACUGCCGAGCGCGACCGGCCAACAUAAACGGAACCGCCUCCUCCUAUAAGUGCAAUCUAACGCCAUCUUUGGAAAAUGGCCUAACCUAUCACUGAAAUGUAGCUAAUUAUGAGGAUACUUUGCAUAUUUUGGUGCCUUCUAUUUUAUUAAGGUUACAUUUUAGUAUGAACUCUAGCUGAUUUAAAAGAUUUAAUUUACUACUAAGGCCUUAAGUUUUUAAACAACUAGGCAAUUUUCAAUCUUUUAAAUUAGUAGUUAAGUUUAGGUUAGGCUGCUUAACAUUGAAGGUUCAAAUGCCAUACUGACGUGGGUGUGGUCUUUUGAAAAGACUGCGGUCUUCUCAAUUCUUGGACUGCAGGGUUUUCAAAAGACCAUAAUGUCCGAGCUUAAAAUAAGUUAUAAGGAUAAUAUUGUAAAUAGAAGAAUUAUGCCAUAUUAAAUUAUUAGUACAAAAUAGUUUUAAGAACUACCCACCUGUAGAUAUAAUUUCACUCAGAUUAUGUAUGACAUGCAUUUAUUUGACUGUCUGACCGACAGAAUUUUAGAACAUGACCAAAAAAUUAUUUUAUGACUAAUACGGCGCCUGCGUUACGCCGAUUUUAGCCAAAUUCUAAAUUCAAAUGCACUAAAACUUUUCUUAUGUUUUUAAAACCGGUUUAUCCGAAACCAUAAAGAAGGAUUUUUUUCAGAAGUUUCUGUUUUGUUACACUUUCUUCAUUUGACUUUCUAACAUUAUCUGGUGGACAAAACAUACUAACUUGUAUUUUGAAAAAAAAAAACAUUUUUGGUUCUUUUUGGGUGUUACCUUUAUUAUAACAUUUAUCAUGUAGUUCCAUUUUCUGCCACCAGGAGUGUUAAUACUGUUAUUUUAUUUUCAUCUUAGCUAACGACUAGAACAAUAGUUGAAUGUGCCAUAAAUCCCUUAGUUUUUUAUCUUAAUGAAAACGAAAAUUGUUUUAUUCUUAACUGCCGUACAUUUCUUCAGAAAAGGUUCCGUUCACGUCACCGUCAGAAUUUUUCCCGAUUUUUAAAAAAUGAUAUAUUAUAGAACAUAGGUUUUAUUCGAGAUUGUAAUAUAAAAAAAUAAAUUAUGUUCUAAGUUUAAAGUAGCGAUGGUAUCUUUCUAAAUUUUACCAAUACGAACACUUGAAGAAAGAAUUACAAAAUCUUAUUUUUAUAAUCUUAUUAAUUAUAGUCU